AUGGCUCAGCCGCUCAAGAUUGUGAUUGUUGGCGCCGGAAUCGGUGGCCUGGCCUGUGCGAUUGCAUCGCGGAGGCAGGGACUGGAUGUCGUUGUGCUCGAGAGGGUAGAGCAGCUUACAUCCGUGGGAGCAGGAAUCCAGAUACCGCCCAAUGCCUCACGUAUCUGGGCUCAAUACGGGCUCCUUGACCGAUUAAAAGAGUAUUCCAUCAUCUCCAAGGCGACCCAGCUCAGGCGCUGGAAGGAUGGAGAGUUGCUGUGCUCACGGAGCGUUGGAGAGGAGCUGGAUGAACGAUGGCCGUGGUUCGUCAUCCAUCGAGCAGAUUACCAACGGGUGCUUGUUGAGGAAGCCAAACGUUUGGGUGUCGAAUUGAGGCUCAAGGCUGACGUUCAAGACAUCGAUUUUGAGCGCACAGGGGUGACUUUGAGGAACGGAGCAAUGAUAUCCGGAGACGUAAUCAUUGGCGCGGACGGUCUAUGGUCCACUCUGCGCGAUCGAAUUCUUGGCCGUAAUUCCCCACCACAAGAGACUGGCGAUCUAGCUUAUCGGGGGACAUUCUCUCUGUCGGCUCUGCAAGCGCUCGAAAGCCCAGCAGUCGAUGUGCUCUGUAGACAGAGUAUGGUAACCAUGUGGAUUGGUCCCGAGAGCCACGCAGUGUUCUAUCCGGUGAGAUGUGGCAAAGAGUUCAAUCUCGUCAUGGCCCGUCCGGACGAUCUACCGCCCGGUGUGAAGACGGAGGAGGGCAAUAUACAAGAGAUGAAAGCAGUUUUCGAAGGUUGGGAUCCUGUGCUGACGAAGAUCCUAACGGCAUUCUCUUCCGUCCUAAGAUGGAAGAUGAUGCAUCACAACGAGCUUGCUUCCUGGACAAAGGACAAUGUCGCUCUACUAGGCGAUGCAUGUCAUCCAUCCCUCCCCUACCAAGCCCAAGGCGCAGCCAUGGCCGUCGAAGACGGGGCCAUCAUUGCCACCCUCCUCGGGCUCUACCAACAAGCCCAUACCAAAUCGUGUCAGCACCUGACUUUGCGAGAAACGCUGAAACUUUACGAGUCGCUUCAAAAAUCCCGGACCACGACUCUUCAUUCAGGGUCCGUAUCGAAUCAGCACUUGUAUCAUCUUGACGACGGGCCGGAGCAAGAAGAGCGCGAUCGGCUUCUGAAGGCGGCGCAAUGGCAAGAGAAGCCGGACGAGGAAGCCGAACCGUUCAUUUGGAUCGAUGUUCGGUAUCAGAAGGCUGUCUUGGGUCGCGAUGCUGUUGGUGAUGCGAGGAAGAAGUGGGAGGAGGUGACUGGAUGAGGCCAAGAUAACCAAUGAGGCAGCGUUGUUUACAUAAUACACAGCCACACCGCACGUGC